UGUUCCAUGCUUGGGAUUUGCUGGAGUAGUAACAUGCCUUGCUGCCUGACUCCCUAUAGAGCCCACAGGAAUUUGGACAGGGUGGUACAGACAUCGCCGACGAGGGACCAUGAUCACGGACUAUCCCUUUCACUGUGGUCUUAUGACUAAGACCCCACUUCAUUAUAUAUUAUAGAACGGGACAGACCAAAAGCAGACCUUUCGGGACUCUGGCACAACAUCCAACCCAACCCAGCUUACCCAGUGUCAUCCUCUGGCAACACAACCUCCUGCCUUCAUGCUGCCUGCCUCUGACACAAUCCUCCUCCUUCUGUCACUUUGGUCUUUGAAUGUUGGAAGCUGUGACCACCACUACAAUGACCCAAAGAACCUGAAUACUGAGUUUGCCCUCAGCCUUUACCAACGCUUGGCAGAGCUUGAUAACGGAACUAACCUUGUUAUUUCUCCAGCAAGCAUUUCUCUUUCCCUGGGACUUCUGCAGUUUGGUGCGCAAGGGAACACUUUUGCCCAGCUGAAGCGAGCACUGGGAUACAACACUCGUGAUCAGGACAUGCGGGAGUUCUUGCACAAGGUCUAUAAAGAAGUAAGCAACUCCAAGCAAGGCCCUGUGGCCCAGUUGGCCUGUGCCCUUUUUGUCCAAGCCGGGAUUCGCCUUUUACCUCAGUUUGUACAACAUGCUGCAUUUUGGGCAAACAAUGCUGUGCAGCAAACUAACUUCAGCGAGCCCAACAGGACUGCGGCACAGAUAAACGAAUGGAUCGCCACAAAUAUUGGAGACAGAGAAGAAAACUGCCUGUCCUUACAGAGCAUUGACUCUCCCCUCAACCAGGUAGCAGUGGUGAGCACCAUGUACUUCAAAAGCACUUGGCAACGGAAAUUCACCUUCACAGAUACUCAGUCCUUGUCCUUUACUACUACAGAAGGCAUAACUCUGAAAGUGCCUACCUUGUAUCUCUGUGCGGAAGUCAAUUACGGUGAAUUCUUAAUAGAUUCUCUGGAACGGAUCAGUGUGGUUGAAUUGCCCUAUUUGGGGGAAACUGUCAGUAUGUUCGUGGUGCUUCCAUCCAGUCGAAGGACAUCUCUAGCUGAAGUUGAAUCAUAUCUUUCAGUUCAAAGCUUCCCGUUGUGGUCCAACAGCUUGAGAAGAACAAAGAUGGAUAUCUUUCUCCCAAGAUUCAGAAUUCAAAACCACUUGGACCUAAAGAUGGUUUUACCUGCAUUAGGAAUCACAGACAUGUUUGAUUCAACUCGAGCAGAUUUUAAAGGCAUUUCAGAACAAGGAAGCCUUUAUAUCUCAGAAGCCAUCCACAAAGCAAAGAUUGAAGUGACAGAAGAUGGCACAAGAGCCUCGGGUGUUACAGCAAUGGUGUUGCUAAAAAGAUCCCGGGCUCCCGUCUUCAAAGCUGAUAGACCUUUUAAUUUCCUCUUAUGGCAAGCCAGUACAGGUUCAAUUCUCUUCAUAGGAAGACUUACAAAUCCUACUGAAUAAGUGUGCAAAAGCCUCAUGUUCACCUCUCUCUGCUUUCUGAGAUCAUUCAGUCAAUGCUUUGUUUAAAUUGCACAUUUCCAGUCUUGUAAACAUCAAGAGGAAACCAGGAGUGGAGGAAGUCUUAGGACAGUGAAUAAAAAAAAUAAUGCUUUUUGCCAUGUGUAGGGUGGCCUUGUUUUGUUCAUAGCAGUUAUCGUUUUAUGUACAAACAUCUUAAGACAGAAUGAUGCAUGCUGUCUAGUCCUGUUAUUCCAUUUAUUGAUUUUUUUCCCUGACAAUACAUUCAGUGAAGCGGCGCAGUGAAGGGGAAAAUG